AUGUCAUCCACAGCCUGCCGCUCCCGCGCUCUCCUCCCAUGGAUCUCGCUCGCGACUUUCCUCCUCGCCGCGGACGCGAUCGUCUCGCUGGCGCUCGUCUCUUCCAUGGUUGCCUUCCUGCACGGCUUCGGGCGCGGUCCAUUCCAUGUCGUUGCCCCUGACGACGACGGCUCUGGCUCUAAAGCCUUCCUCUUUUCCGGCGAGCCAGUCCAUCUCGUGACAAACACAGGCCAUGUUACCAACGGGGCUGGCGGGACUGCCCUGGUGCUGGUCGGAUUUGGAGGACUGAUUGCAUUGAUUGUAGAGUGGAGGUCUAGGGGGAGGGAUAAGCUUUACCUUUUCUCCUCUGUCAUCUACUCCCUCUGGUGCCUGAUCGCCCUCCUCAGCCUGCUCUUGACCCUCGCGGCCUUGGUUUACGCCGUCGUCGAGACACGUCUCACCUCGUCCGGCCCUGGUGGUCACCAGCCAGGCAUUGACCUGCUAAUUGCAUACGAGCACCAAUAUCCCCAAAAGUACCCUGAUGGAAAAUGGACCCCCGAGACAUGGUACACGGCACUGUUGAGGGAUGUGCCCCUUGGGGGAGAGCUGCCAGUCGCGGAGCACACGAAGCGAGUGAUACGGCAACAUUUGAGUGACGAGAAUGAUGAUGAUGAUUUGUCCAUACCCUCUAUUCUCGACGAGCAAGAACAGGAAUCCCUAAUCCAAACCCUCGCUACCCAAAACGAAUCCCGCAACAUUUCCUUCCAUCGCGUCCUCUUCUUCCUCCCAACCCUCGGCAGCAUCCCUUUUUUUAUCCACCUCCUCACCAUCCUCUUCAGCAGCCGGCACACACACCUCGCCCCAUUUCCCCUCAUCCUCCUCGCCCUGACCUCACUCGGCUCAACCACAUUCCUUCUGCUCCGGUUAGGUAGGACAGAGACGGGGUUCGAUUGGCUGGAUGAAUGGGCUUCGCAGUCUUCUGAGCCGAGUAGUGGUAGAGAAGGCGUAGGUAAUCGCAGGGAGGAUGAGAUCGGCAUCUCCCUCGCCGCAGCACGGAUCAAAGCUAGGAAGCGCCUGGGCAACGCUGCCUCGUCCUCCACAGAUGGCAUCCUGGGGUAUUCAGAUGCCGUGGGAGGUGCCAAGUCGCCUCUGGAGUGGUACUUGCCAUAUUUGAACUUACUGCUUGUGGUGCUGACGCUGGUGAUGGGGCUCUUGGCUGAGGAGAGGGUCAAGAGGGUGAGCGGGGGAGGCGGGGGGAUGAUAAUGGUAUGGCUUGGGGCGUUGCCGGGAGUGGUGUUUGCCGUGGUGAUUGGGGCGAAGGUGAUGAUGGCUGGUGUGAAUCCGGAGAGGGAGUUGAAUGGGUUGAAGUAUGGGUAUAAGGGUGCAUGA